AGCAUAAGAGAAAAUUGGAAGGCUUUAACGAGAGUAAAAGCUUGCUGCAAAAGCUUUUGUUCACUGAGAUCUUCUUUGUUUCAUCGUCCCGCCGCCUACGCUCUCCGCCGUAAACCACCUCUCGGCUACCUAGCCGCCGCUUCAGCUAGGUUCUUACAGCUUCGUCUCUCGGUAUAGGUUUGGAUAAAAGAGAUGGAUGAUGUGAUAACAGACAUCCCUCCACCAUCAAGAUUUUUGUUGGAAGAUCUGAACAACUUUACUCCUCCACCACCUCCCUUUCCAUCUCCUUUCCUGGUUUUCUCAUCUGCUGAUUCCAAGAAAAGCUUCCAGCCCUCACUUCUCAUUAUUGCUAUCUCUUCCCCAUCUCUUCACUUUUUACACCACUUGUCCUCAAAAACUCUUGUUGGGUCACUUGUUCUCCCUGAGAUCCCUUUUGCUGGCAACUCUGUCGAACCCUCACUUAAAGAUAAGUCAUGCAACAUAUAUGCCCUCAAUGAUGCUGGGAAAUUGAUUAUGAUUGUCUUGGUUCAGUUUUCUGUUACUCCAGAGAGAGCUCAUGCAGUGGCAAAGUUGCUCAUUGGUGAAAAGAUCAUACCUGAGAGGGUUUUGAUUUUGGAUUCUGUUCAAAGCCGCAAUUUUCGUGGAAAGCUUUCUCCUGAUGAGACGAUUGCCUUCAAGUUGGAGACAUCCUUGGAAAGGAAAAAUUCAGAUGCUGGAGAUUCAUCACUGGUAAAAGGGUUAGAUUACUAUCCAUCAGGAAGCGUUGUAGAUGGCUUGGCUGCUGCUGUAUUAAGUCGAUGCCAAUUGAAGAAGAUUAAAGGGACUCUAUGCAUUUCAUGGCCUGAUUUAGGUUUUCCAGUUAUGUCUCUGGUUAAGUCUCUACUGGUCAGGGAUGUGUUAGCUGGCAUAAAUUACACUACUGAUGGGGAUUAUGAGAACGAGUAUUUGAGGUUGAGUCGUAGGAAGGAUCGGAUUGAUUCUGACUUGUACACGUGAUCUUUUUAGCUGGUGUCUUCACAUGCCAUACCCAAGUAACACAAAGUUGUCUUUGUAAUUGUUUCUUCUUGUCUUCUCAUUUAUUCUUCCAUCACUCUGUUUAUGUUUGAGGAGAAAGCUACCCCCUUUUAUCAAAUUUGUAGUUGCUGUUAACAUGUACUUAAAUUACCAAAACAAGCAGCUUUAUUAUAUUUACAAUGAUGUCUUCAACUCUUUUAA